AUGCUGGGUGACAGGGAAAUCGACGCCGCUGUUAACCAGCUGGCCGCCUACCGCAAGGAUAACACUCUAAACGACAUCCUGACCCGCUAUGAGACCCUCCUGGGCGACUACACACGCCUCAAGAGCGACUACGAGGAGGAGCGCGAGGCGAGAGAGCGCUGGAAGCAGCAGGCCCGCGGCCAGGAACGCAACCCCUUCGUUCUAGUCCUUGUCGACGCCGACGGCUACGUGUUUGAUGAUGACUUGAUUGUUGCCGGCCAAGAAGGCGGCGCUCGGGCUGCCAAGCUUCUCAACGACACCAUCAAGGCCAGCCAGAGGAGGAAGGGGCUGGAGGCCUGCGAGACCAUGGUCCGCGUCUAUGCCAAUGUCGCCGGCCUGUCCAAAGCCCUCGCCAAGGCUAACCUCCUGGGCGCCGACAAACGCUCGCUGGCCCCCUUCAUCGCAAAUUUCAACAGGUCCUACGGUCUGACCGAUUUCGUCGACGCCGGAGAGUUCAAGGAGAACGCAGACUUCAAGCUUCGCGAGAUGCUCAGGCUUUAUGCCGAGAACGCCCAAUGUAAACACAUCUAUUUUGCCGCCUGUCACGAUGCCGGCUACGUCUCGCAGCUUACCGCCUAUCGGGGCCACAGCGACCGCUUCACCCUUAUCAGAACCUCCGGCCUCCAUUUUCACGACGAGUUCACAAAGCUUGGCCUGGGCAUCGAAGAGUUGCCCGGUGUCUUCCGCCCAACGGGCUCCGCAAUGGAUGCCCUGUAUCCCAAGCCCUUGUUAGGGAAGCCUAACACAGCUCCGCUUCCGCCCAGGAGUCAGCCCACAGAGUCGAGAGACAUAUGCGCCUUCUACUCGGUUGGCAGGUGCAAGUACGGCGAGAACUGCAAGAAUCUGCACGUUGGCCCCGCGCCCUCGCCUCUUGCUCUCCGGCCCUCCAAGCUGAGCCGGUCUUCCUGGCGAAAUGGAAGUGAACCUUACGAUACCUCCGACUAUCCCACACCAGCUAAACCCCAUGUCGCUUCCAACCGAAGCUACCUACAACAGUCCGACCUCUUCGCCCAACUUCCGAAGAGGGAUGAGAUCCCAGACGGUCAAGUCGCCGUCAACGUUUCCCAGCAGCGCCUAGACGCUUACAUCCCCGUCCCAACCCCCGAGUCUGAGAACCGCCUCAAACUCAGAUCCUCGAUGCAGCGGCUCUGCAAUUCUAAACAUCUAACUGGGUCUUGUGCCAACCCGCACUGCGAUUACGACCACGCCCCGCUCGACGAGGACCUCAUCCCCACCCUCGAGUGGCUCGCCAGGUCUCUGCCCUGUCCCCGACGCGACAAGUGCCGUAACGCGGCUUGCACCUCCGGCCAUCUCUGCCAGAAGCCGGACUGCAAGCUCCGCGGCGGCAAGGGCUUCUGCAGGUUCCCCUGGUCCUUGCACUAUGAUGACCUCGCCGUUGACCGUUAUGUGUCUGCUAUUUCGAACCGGCAAUCCGUUUCACAGCCCGAACGGUCUGCCGCGCCUUCACCAUCCGAUCACGCAAUCGAAAACGGAAACCGAGACGAGUGCGCAGAUGAAGAGGAGGAGGACAUCUCCAGCCCAAACGGCGGUAUAUCAGUAGGCGCAUUGUGA